UAUAACAAUAAUAACAUUUAUUUAUAUAGCACUUAUCAAAACCAGAGAUUACAGUCUCUGUUAUCUGAACUUUCUUGUCAAACUGGCAUUUCCAAGGUCAAGAAUAAAGCUGCAAGCUCAAUAUGUUUUGUAAUUUGAUUAAAAUGACCAUUUGACUUGCUUUAGGGUAUGUUAAGUUGAGUCUAAAAGGCAGACUACAUCCUAACCUUUCUGAUCUAUAAUGGUGACGCAGCUGGUGGUAAGGGCAUUAUAGUACAACAGGUUAGAUUAGUUCAGAAAUAGGAACAGAAAACGCCUAUCAUGAACCACUCCUUUUUUAGUUGUCUUUUGAGUAGACAAGAGGUGCGACAUCCAACAUAUCAGUCCCAUCAAGCAGCAGCUUCAGCAAUGAAUGAGUCUAACUUCACAAAUUACUAUGAUGAUGACUAUGAUGAUGAAGUCUGUGACAAAGGUGAAGUGGUCAGAUUUGGAACCAUUACCAUUCCUGUUUUCUUCUCUGUGGUGAUCACACUAAGCCUCACUGGGAACAUCCUCGUCCUUGUAAUCCUGGCUUUGUACGAAAACCUCAAGUCUCUCACCAACAUUUUCAUCCUCAAUCUGGCUGUCUCUGACCUCGUUUUCACCACCGGUCUCCCCUUCUGGGCCAUUUACCACAUCUGGGGUUGGUUGUUCUCAGAGAUUAUCUGCAAAAUUGUGACUUUUGUCUUCUUCACCGGCUUCUACAGCAGCAUUCUCUUCCUGACCAUCAUGACGGUCUACAGGUAUGUGGCUGUGGUCCACCCUCUCUCUGGCCUGAGGACACAGAAACUCAGCACUGGGAUUUAUUUGUCGUUCCUCCUGUGGAUAAUCAGCAUCGGAGCAGCCAUGCCUUCCUUGCUCUACAGCACCCUCGUCUCAGUCCCCCACAAGGAAAAUCACACCAUGGGCUGUGAAUAUGACAGUGCCCUGCUCAGACGCAUUAGCAUCUUCCAACAAAACGCUUUCUUCUUACUUGCUUUUGUUGUGAUGGCUUUCUGCUACAUCAAAAUAUUGAGGAGAAUCUCAAGAACAAGAUCACACACAAAGAACAGAGCGGUCAAGUUAGUCUUCUGUAUUGUGGCUGUGUUCUUCCUGGGCUGGGUGCCGUACAACGUAGUGAUCUUUCUGAAGAUGUUGGCCGACCAUUUGGUUGCACCAUUUGAUGAUUGUGAAAUAAGUAUCCAGCUUGACUAUGCAUUCUAUGUGUGCCGGCUCAUUGCUUUCUCCCACUGCUGCCUCAAUCCUGUCUUUUAUGCAUUUGUUGGUGUGAAGUUUAGGAGUCAUUUGAAGUCAAUGCUGCACCGAAUGUUCAGUCGUCAAAGUCCAGUUGAUCAACAACCAGUUAGAACGCAAGCCCUCGUCUCACAAGGAUCAAUGUACUAGUUGCUAGUUAAAAAAAAUACUAAAUCCAUUGAGCAUUUGGUAAAAUCACUUUAAUUUCUGCAAAAAUAUAUAUAGGAACUGGUUCAUAUUUUGCAGUUUGUAAGCAAGCUGCACUCAACAUUCAAAUCAGGCUUUGCGCUGUUUAUUUUUACAUGCAUGUGUGUCUUUUGUAAACAUUUUGUAAUAGGAUGUGAUUUGUAUAGGAUGUGACUGUUAUAUAGAUUUACUUACCGCAGGCCACACACAGGGAGAUAGAUAACACAAUGGUUGAGCAAAACCAUUACAACAGGUAUAAAGGCAAUGUCAGUAACAUUUGAACAUGGACCAAACAUUUUAUGCAAUAACUCAUAUGCUGUGAAAAUGUCAUACAAUACAAUGAGAAUGCUGAAAACAGAUGAAAAGUUCCAUGAGGGAAGGCUGUGCUUGUAGAAAUACUGUUUCUGCUUUAUCACAAUGUAUUUAAUAUCUUUGCCUACACUGCCA